UUUUGUUUUCCUGCCUCCUUGCGAAAUUAAAAUGUUUUUAAUUAUAUAAUACUGCGCUGUGCGGCUAUUGUAGUAAUGGAUCGAAUUGAUGCAACCAAGCGAAAGCCCAGACGCACUCAAGGCACACCAUCGUAUAUCUACCGGAAUCGCUUUGCCUACGCUCUGCUAGCAGCUGGAGCUGUCUGCUUCGGAAUUUGGAGCUUAACACCCAUGCAGCGCUUGUCCAACGAGAAGCUGUGUAAGACACUACUAACGCCCUCGGAGCAGGAGAAGGACAGAAAGGCAUUGUUCGAGUUUGGUGCACCGCGUCCCGGCCAAUUCAUUAGAGACGCCAUCGACGAGGCGGAGAACCUAAGAACAGAACGCUAAGAAUGGAUCGACAAACGCGAAGAGCGAAUUUUAAGAACUUGCAGCAAGAAACCAAAAAGCUUCGGUAAUUGUAAUUUUAAACAUGUUUUCGUAGCUUUUGCACAAUAAAAUGUAGUUAUCUAACCAAAA